AAAAUAAGGGAGGGGACAUCCAUGGACCGAUGGACGCGCUCAGCUCCUGUAGCUCCCACCCUCUCUCACCAUUGCAGUACAGCUCCUGACACACCACACAAGGCCACAGGCUCUCUCCCUCUCUGAGCAAGCUUGGAUUCCUGACAGUGCAAGCAAAGCAAGCACCAGAAGCUAGUAGCUAGUAGUAUUUCUCUUGCUGCCUCCCUUCUCUCAUUUCACCUUGUUAUUACACACCACUACUACUACAUCAGAGAAAACAAGCCUUCCUCCCAUUGGCCAUCCCUAGCUCACAGCCUGCUAUCUCUUACCAUUGACAUUUUCCUGUGUUUUCCUUACCACUUUGCCGUAGUAGUUCGUGGUGGGCAGUAAGGUUGGUUUCUUGUAGCAAUGGAGGCCAAGGCUUGAGAAGGCAUGAGCUUGCUCCCUCUUUGCCCUCCUGAUUAGCCCCUUGGCAGCCACUGCGAGGUAUGUUUCCUUUUCUGUUUCUAUUCAUCUUUGUUUUUUACUCUCUUCUUCUUCACCUUUGUGUUUUUGUGCCUCCCCUUUGUUUCUACACUGUUCUUCCUACAACAAAAGCGCAGAAUGUUUAGCAUAGAUACUAAAGUGGGAGAGUAGGAGUAGAGGUCAAAGGCUGGUCCAUGUAUGUCUUGUGUGUUGUUGAAGACUGAAGAGUACACAAGAGAAAGUAUCCUCCACACACCAACCAGCAGGAAGCAGCAAGUAGUGGUGUGAAUACAAAGCAUUUGCAGACAGCAGCCACUGUAUCCAUCCUCCUCUACCAUUCAUUCUACUACUGAUCUUCUUCUGCAUGGCCAUGGUGAGGAGCCCAAGAAACCUUGGAACAUAGGAGUAGUUGUAGGAGUACUAGAGACGUAGAGUUACCCCCAUCUUGGAGUUUGGGACUGGUAUCUUCUUGCCAAGAUCCCAAGGCCACCACAAGAUUUGCAGCGGAGCAGGAGCUGCGGCAGAGGAAGGGAGCAAAGGAUGGAUCUUUCCGGGGCGCAGGGCGAGCUGCCGGUGCCGAUGGCAAUGCACGGCGGCGGCGGGGGCUCGCCGUACCUGGGCCUGCACCACGGGCACCAGCACGAGCACCCGCAGCAGCAUGGCCAUGGCCCGAACGGGCGGCACAUGUCGCCGCCGGAGGAGGCGAAGAACCGGCAGUUGGCGGUGGUGCCCGUGGGCGCGGUAGGCGGAGGCGUGGUAGGUGGGGUGAGGUACCGCGAGUGCCUGAAGAACCACGCGGCGGCCAUCGGCGGGAGCGCGACGGACGGGUGCGGCGAGUUCAUGCCGGCGGGGGAGGAGGGGUCGCUGGAUGCGCUCCGGUGCUCGGCGUGCGGGUGCCACCGCAACUUCCACCGCAAGGAGCCGCCGGGCGGGCAGCUGCUCGGGGGGCACCACCACCCGCUGAGCCCGCUGGCGGCGGCGCACCACCACCACCACCACCACCACCGGGGCCUGCUGGUGGCGGCGCUUCCCCCGGCGCCGACGCGCAUGGUGAUGCCGCUGAGCGCCAUGCAGGUGCAGCAGCAGGCGCAUCACAGCGCGGCGUCGGCGGAGUCCGACGACGCGCGGGCGCAGCAGCCGCCGGCGCGGAAGCGGUUCCGCACCAAGUUCACGGCGGAGCAGAAGGCCCGCAUGCUGGGGUUCGCGGAGGAGGCCGGGUGGCGGCUGCAGAAGCUGGACGACGCAGCGGUGCAGCGCUUCUGCCAGGAGGUGGGCGUCAAGCGGCGCGUCCUCAAGGUGUGGAUGCACAACAACAAGCACACCCUGGCGCGGCGCGGCCAGGAGCAGGAGGGGGGCCGGGUCCACCUCGUCGGCGACCCGGAGCAUCUCGGGCAGCUCGGCGGCGGCAUGCCGCUCCCGGAGCCCGGCGGGCCCGGGCGGAGCCCCAGCCCCAGCCGGAGCCCGCCGCCGCAGCAGCUCCGGCUGGAUUAACGAACCAACAAACCCAACAUUGAUCAAGACGGCGAUCGCCUCACUCUAGCUCCGGUUAAUCUAGCUUAGCUAGCUGCAUUGGCUUCUUUUCUUUCCACUGUUCCAUCCAUCCGUCCGUCAAUCGAACUGAUGCUCAACUUCCACGGAUUUGUUUUCUUUUCUCCAUGCUUGAUUUCUGUAGCUCCUCUUUCUUUCUUUCUUUCUCUUUCUUUCUUUCUUUCUUAUUGAUGUCCCUAGCUAACUUGCUGCCUACCAUUGCUUGCUCGGGCGACUGAUGUGGGAGGGUGAGACUGAACAUCACUUGUUAACUCUGAUGAAGCUCUUGUGUUGUGUUGUGUUUUGUUGUGA